CCGGCCGCGAGGAGGAGCGAGCAGAGCUAAGAUGGCGGCGGCGGCGGUGUUGGAGUUCCAGCGCGCGCAGUCUCUGCUGUCCACCGACCGCGAGGCGUCCAUCGGCAUCCUGCACUCCAUCGUGAAACGCGACGUCCAGGAGAACGAUGAGGAAGCGGUGCAGGUCAAGGAGCAGAGCAUCCUGGAGCUGGGGUCACUGCUGGCCAAGACGGGGCAGGCAGAAGAGCUGGGGGGGCUCCUGAAAUAUGUGCGGCCGUUCCUGAACUCCAUCAGCAAGGCCAAGGCCGCCCGCCUGGUGCGCUCCCUGCUCGACCUGUUCCUCGACAUGGAGGCGGCCACGGGCCAGGAGGUCGAUCUGUGCCUGGAGUGCAUCGAGUGGGCCAAGUCUGAGAAGAGGACCUUCCUCCGCCAGGCUCUGGAGGCCCGGCUGGUCUCGCUGUACUUCGACACCAAGCGGUACCAGGAGGCGCUGCAGCUCGGCUCCCAGCUGCUCCGGGAGCUGAAGAAGAUGGACGACAAAGCGCUGCUGGUGGAGGUGCAGCUGCUGGAGAGCAAGACGUACCACGCGCUCAGCAACCUGCCCAAGGCGCGCGCCGCGCUCACCUCCGCGCGCACCACAGCCAACGCCAUCUAUUGCCCCCCCAAGCUGCAGGCCGCCCUGGACAUGCAGUCAGGGAUCAUCCACGCGGCGGAGGAGAAGGACUGGAAAACGGCCUACUCCUAUUUCUACGAGGCGUUUGAGGGCUACGAUUCCAUCGACAACCCCAAAGCCAUCACGGCCCUCAAGUACAUGCUGCUCUGCAAGAUCAUGCUCAACGCCCCUGAGGACGUGCAGGCGCUGGUGAGCGGCAAGCUGGCGCUGCGCUACGCGGGGAGGCAGACGGAGGCGCUGAAGUGCGUGGCGCAGGCCAGCAAGAACCGCUCGCUGGCGGACUUUGAGAAGGCGCUGACGGAUUACAAAGUGGAGCUCCGGGACGACCCCAUCAUUAACACUCACUUGGCAAAGCUCUACGACAACUUAUUGGAGCAGAACCUGAUCAGAGUCAUCGAGCCCUUCUCCCGAGUGCAGAUGGAGCACAUCUCCGGCCUCAUCAAGCUCUCCAAGGCGGACGUGGAAAGGAAACUCUCACAGAUGAUCCUGGACAAGAAGUUCCAUGGGAUCCUCGACCAGGGCGAGGGCGUCCUCAUCAUCUUCGACGAACCCCCCGUGGACAAAACCUACGAAGCCGCCCUGGAGACGAUUCAGAACAUGAGCAAAGUGGUGGAUUCGCUCUACAACAAAGCCAAGAAGCUGACAUAGAGCCGGCCCUGCGCUGCCGCGUGUGUGUGUGACGGGAGAGUGAAUCCUUUAGGAGAAGUUUUGUUCCACUUUUCGCUCGGAAAGUUUUUAAUCCUCCCCUCC